CGGCUGCUCCGCACUCUCCUCCCCACUCGCAGAUUUCCGCCCACCUUCCGCCCGGCCGAGCCGCCGCCGCUGCUGCCGCUGCGCGCGGGUGCUCUUUCUUCCACCGCCCCCCACCCCCCCCAACCCUGGGCUAGGAGUCGGCGACAAGGGGAGACUCAAUGAGGGAAUACAAGGUAGUGGUGUUAGGGAGCGGAGGGGUUGGCAAAUCGGCCCUGACCGUGCAGUUCGUCACCGGGACUUUCAUUGAGAAAUAUGACCCGACCAUUGAAGAUUUCUACCGCAAAGAGAUCGAAGUGGACUCAUCCCCGUCCGUGCUGGAGAUCCUGGACACCGCCGGCACGGAGCAGUUCGCGUCCAUGCGAGAUCUGUACAUCAAAAACGGCCAAGGGUUCAUCCUGGUGUACAGUCUGGUUAAUCAACAGUCUUUUCAGGAUAUCAAGCCAAUGAGAGAUCAGAUUGUCAGAGUGAAGAGAUAUGAAAAGGUCCCGCUAAUCCUGGUGGGAAAUAAAGUGGAUCUGGAACCAGAACGAGAGGUUAUGUCUUCAGAGGGCAGAGCCCUGGCUCAAGAAUGGGGCUGUCCUUUCAUGGAGACAUCAGCAAAAAGUAAAUCAAUGGUGGAUGAACUUUUUGCUGAGAUCGUCAGGCAAAUGAACUAUUCAUCCCUGCCCGAGAAGCAAGAUCAGUGUUGUACAACUUGCGUUGUCCAGUAAAAAAAGAUAACCUCAAUCAUGGCCAUACCGAGCAGAUAAAACUCAGAGGAAAUUUGCACAGAUGCUGCUUUGGAGAACUUUACAACCUGGGUUGCAGAACUGAGCCUUGGUAAACCUGUCUCUAUUACAGCAUGUUGCCAUACAUCUAAUUAAGUGCAUAGGUCUUUGGCCUUCAAGAUCCAUCGACCUUAAACAGUAAUGCUUAGCACGUUUACCAUAUGUUUAAAAUCUGUUCUUUAUCAAUCAGUCCUUUUGUAGCUUUCUAAGUUCUUAAUGAUGGCUAAUAUGCAAGAAUUAAGUUUUAAUAUUUUAAUUGAUUUCUUUAAUCAGUUUCUCAACUUGUAUUUAUUAAAUACUCAAACUCAGUAUUACCUACUCAAUGCCUUUUAAAAGAAAGUUAUAAUGGAGAAAAAAUUGAGCCUUAAACAAAUGGUUACUUCUGUAUAUUACCUCGCACCAGUGCUUCAUUCUAUUUGUAAAAUCUUUCUCCUUUAAGUGGUUGGUUAAUACUUUGAGACUUUGUUUACGUGUGGCAGUGUUGUAAAAAGAAACUAAAGAUCACAUGUGACCUGUAUGGAUGGAAUAUCCCUUUUCUUCACUUGCAGUUCCUGAUGUGUUUUUGUAAUUAACAUGUUUUGAAAGUUACAACUGAUAUUUGAAAUUGACUGUAGAGCAUUUAGCUGAAGAGUUAAGCAUUUGAGUCCAUUAGGUUUUCACAUGUGUUAAUCUCAUUUACAGCAUAGAAUUGCAGCAGUAAUAUUUUCCUUUCUGUGAAGUUCUAAAUUUAGUUAUGACCUACUUAGCAAUGCCUUUGAAAAGGGAUAUUGUAUCCAUGGUAAAUUAAUUGUAUACCUAAACAGAAAUUGCUCAGCUUUGCCUGUCAGGCUUGUAAUUGACAUCUAGUAGACUUCUGCACAUGUAAAAUUGAAUUCUAAUAAAAUCAUAUACACUUUCGAGUUCUUAAUAUUUGUCUAUCAAAUAAUAGUUUUAAGUGAUAUUUGUUAAAGUUUUCUUGCACUAUCACUAUUGCUUUUUAGUUCUUUCUCAAGAAGCAUGUUCGUAGUAGAGACAAAAUCUGUGUAACAGGAAGAAGGAGAACGCCAAGUCUCUGGGCUUUUUAUUUUUAUUUUUAUUAUUUUUUUUUCGCAAAUGUGCUUCUAAUAGUCAUUGCCUUCCAUGUUUACCUAAUCAGCACAUUUUGUCUGAAUACUUGAACAUUUUAACAGUAACGCAGGUAUAGAAACAGAAAGGACACUUACGAAGAGUAAUCUUUUGGUUCAAUUUUAACAUCAUGACAACAGCGCUUUUUCUAGCAAUGAUUUAAACAUUUUAUAAGUUUGACAGUAUUUCAUUGUUAAGUCUUUAUUUGGUUUUAGUUGUGUGCUUUAAUUUGCAGGAGUUAGUCACUGCAGCUUACCUACUGCACCAAAGUUCUCGAUUUUAGGAGCCCAGCUUUAGUUAUUUGAACAUGCUUCUAAAUAAAACAAAAAUAAAACAGAAACCAAAACUAUACUUUUGAUCUAUAAUAGCUCAAUAACUUUGUCAAGGAAAGCUCUAAUAUAUGCAGUGAUGGUUUAUGGAAGGGUGUGGCAAUUUUAAAUUUAUAUUGUGUGUGAUGUUCAAAUAAAGUGAUAUCUACAUACAUGUGAUUUAUUGGUCAGCAUGGCCAUUAAUUAUUGCGUAGAAAUUGAUUAAACUUUGAUUUCCUUUUUUUAAA